AUGAAUCUUUCACCGCCACCACCACCACCACCAUUUUCGUCGCAGCCACAGCGAGAGCAGCAGCAAAAUGCUGCCGGGUAUCCGCCCUUUAAACGCAAUGGACAGGAUGCUCAGCACCACCAGUGGGCACAGGCGGGGCCGGGUCCGUCGAGCAUUCCGUCAUCAGAGCAUAAUCAAGACAGCGAGCAGAAACGUACUGGACCGUUGCCACGCCUUGGACCGAGUUUUACUCAAGAAUCGAGGUUGCAGCAGCAGCAGCAGCAGCAACAUACGCCAUCUUAUGGUCACCACCAGGUACCGUUAAAUUUUCGAUACGAUAGGGAUGGCAGUGGUUCAUUGCACCAUGGCAAUCAUUCUCAGACCCAUGACUCACAUUGCUAUCCUCAACCCGAACCAUGUAUGAUGCCAUUCAUGCACCCGUCUGCCACCCAACAUGGUCCUGGGAUCUGGAGACCGCUUGAACAGGAGCUUCAGCUUCAGCAGGGCAAGAUAAGCACGUCGAGUGCAAGGGAGGUCGAUCAUCGGAUACCGUCUCAGAGUAUGCCCCCGCCCCCACCUCCGCACCGCCCAAGCAACCCAGUUAGGAACUCACUACUGUCGAUUGCCGUGCCAGGGCCUCGGACACAACCCCAGCAACAAGACGAAACCCAGAAUCAACAUCAACCCGGGCUAUCGCUAUCAAUCCCGCCCCAUCAGCAGCGCAUGCUUGCACACGCUUUUCAGCAGUUACAAUCUACAUUUCCUGCGCAGUCUCUGCCCCAGUUUCACCCGCCGAGCGGCGUUCCUAAUCAAGGACCGCCUUCUAGCUCUAGCCAAAUCCCCCCUCCGUCUACCCCUGCCGAUCCUCUCUACAUCACAAUUGCUGCCUUGCUGAAAUCGCUUCAUAACGGUUUACAGAGCGUCUUGAACGAAACCUCUAGUCAUAUGGUUCAAGCGAUGGUCAAAAUGCACGACGACUAUGUGAAGCUGGCUAGCAAAGAACGUCAGAAAGCGAGGGAUUUGGAGAAUGUGUUGGCUGCGGAAAGGGGCGCAUGGGAGAGGUCGAGAAUAGAUAUGCAGUUGGAGAUGGAUAAGCUAAGGAUGAGGGAAGAACGGUUGAGGAGUGACUCGGUGGCACAUCACGCUGUCGUUCGUGAUGGGAUUCAGAAGCAUCAUGCUGCGCAAGAUGAGGCGGGGAUGCUAAGGAGGGAAAAUGAAGAGUUGAAAUCGAGGCUGGCGAAAUUGGGCAAGAUUGUGGAAACAAUUUGUUACGAGGACAGCUCUGUUGGCAAAGACGUCGCGACUCGAAAUCAAGGGCCAACAGAAGAUGAGAAAUUUGCAGUGGCCUCAGUAUCAACGUCCAAUCCAUCGACAUCAUCGUAUUCACAGACUAAUGGCUACACCAAUACUUCCAACCAAAGUGACAUUGAAAUUCCACCUCCCUCAACAUCGUCAUCAUCAACAUACACCACCCCUCCCAACAGCCGCAGCGUGUCUUCGACACCGGUACCCGCUUCCGCACCCGCUUCCGCACCCGCAAUCCCACAUUCUGCCCCACAACUUGCGGCACACCCACAACCACACACUCAUCGUCGUCAUUCAGCUCCAGUGCCCAUUCCUGCACCGGAAUCCACGCAAACGAUAGCACAGCUUCGACCACAGUCUGAUUCGAGAAGGAGCUAUGCAAACUCAAUUAUGGCGUCGCCUGAAUCGAGAUCUGUAAGUCCUGCGUUCGUGCAUAGGCAAGUUGACGAAGAAGCUAGUGCGGGAGGGAGUCGUGUGGAAGCCAACAUCAGAAAUCUCAAUAUCAGCAAACGCGUCUCUACAUCUGUUGCUUCUGAGGUGGAGGUAAUUGAUUUGUGCAGCAGUCCGAUGUCGAUGGCUGUUGAUUUGCGCGAUGGCGAAGAGGCAGAGGAUGUAGAGCAUCCCGACGGACAGGGGCGUGUCAUGGACGAAGCGCCAUCGAGGAGUCGGUCACCCAGCCCUCCUGAACUGCCCCGUACUGCAGAGGACGAAGCUUCAAUUGGAGACCACAAUCAAAUGGACAUAGAGAUAGGGGACGACCGCACACAACACUCGGAAAUGGAAGUAAAUGUCAAGCUUGAAUCGGAGGUGGAGGUCAAACUUGAACACGACGACGUUCAGAUUGAUGCGAGCGUUAGCCAGAAUGAGAACACCUCCAGGCGUGGGUACGAUAAUCAUGUAUCCUACCAUUUCAACGCCCCUACGUACCCUCGAAACCCUAAUCGUAGAUCUUCACCCUUCCUUCCACCUCUGCUUUCUCUACCAACUCCUGCUGCUGGCUCAGUUCCAUCUCCAUCUCCAUCGUCAUCCCGUUCUCCUUCCCCAGCACCGGCGUCAACUUUGAUGACCCGGCCUCGAGAUUCCUUGCCGACUGCGAAUCCCACUCCGCCUCCUACGCCUACUCUUACACCUUCAAUGUCACCUUUCUCGUCGCGGAAAAGGUCUCGGGCGGACUAUGAGCACGGCGAAUGUCACGAGGAGAGUCAGGGCCCUUCCACACGCGUCAAAGUUGAGCGCAUUGAGGGUGAAGAGAUGAUGAUGGCUGUCGAUGACAGACCAACAAUGGCUAACAUUGUGACGUCUUCAUUAACAAAUGCCCCCUCCGCCACUUUGCAGACAUCCCAGGCUACCACCGACAACCUCGAUGCGCCAAGCUCUGGCUCCACGUCGUCACCUCAAGCUUGUCCAGCUAUAGAAUCUUCGUCCAAGUUGUCUACUUCACGGGUCUCCACUGGUUCUGUUCACAGCUUAAAUGAUGGCCCUUCUUCCCUCGACGUGCAAUCUCCACCUACUCAACAUGGUAAUUCUUCCAACAACAACCCUGUAGCUUCCCGACCGCUAUCCGCCUCUUCCAAUACAACUUCAGGCUCAGGACAAACCCAAGCAUCUUCUUCGGCUAAUGUAUUCCCUAGUCCUCCCCGCGAAACACCUGUACCCCCAACUGCAUCAAUUUCAGCACUGAAACUGCGAUGCAAGGAAGAAGGUGAAAUCACGCCUACAACGACGCCGACAGCAACGCCUACCCCUGCACCUUUGUUGAUUUCCCAGCCUAUUCAUAUAUCACCGUCGAAGGAAGAGGGCGAGGUGUCACCUACGCCUAGCCCGGCACCUGCACCUACACCCGCCACACCUGCAACUGUACCCCCAAGAAUGGUUAAAGAUCGACGAGUGACAAGCGCUUCUUCCGCUGUUCCCAUUCCUGUUGCUUUUGCCAGUCCUAGGAGACACACAAUACCGGCGUCCGUACACUCCAGUGCGAAUAUGGGUGGCAUGGACGAGGCUUGGGAUGUCAGACCUGCGCACACCCCUGUCUUAUUGAAUGCUUUGUCUAGCAGAGGAGCUACUGUACAUGGCGAUGCGCAAAAGGGUAAAGAGGGUGUUGUAAUUGAGUCUGUUCCAACCAAAAGUCAGCCAAGUAUUUCUAAUGGCACCGACAUACAGAAUGGUCGAGAAAGCUCUACAGCAGCUUCAGUGGCAACAAGUCGACCGAUUGCCGCUCUGACACCGGGGCUUAUUCCUGUGGGGACAAAUGUCGGAGAGGAGAGGGAGGUUACAAACGCAUCAAGCCAUCAGAACAUAUCCGUUCAAUCGCAGACUCCUCAGGCCCGCGCAGAGAAUUCGCAAAUGAUACUGGCACCGUCCUCGUCGAAGUCGGCCGCUGCAGAUGCUCGAAAUCAUCACAAUGCGCUUGCCACUACAGACGCCAACAAAAAAGUCGACCCCAAAGCGGCAGCUGUCGCCAUCGGGGUUGCGAUCGCCGACGCUAUCAGACAUCCGGACGCGAAGCCUAAUCCUGUCUUAAAUACCAUCUUGAAUGCGCUCCCUUUGAGGCCACCAGUUGCAGUCUCGAAUUCACAGACCGUUCACGUAACCCCUUCAACGCGAUCGAACACGGAUUCGACACCGGCUGGCACUGCUGUUCCUAUAAGACCGCCACCCCUUCCAACACAAUCGAAGCAAUUCCAACCGUCGCCUCAGGCGUCGUCGGCACCGCCACACCCUGCGCCAUCAGCGAGGAAUUCUGCACCUAAUCCUAGAACUACAGCAUGUCCACCCCUUGUGCCGAAUUCGACUUCUCAUGCUAGACCGGGUCAGAAAGCCCCAUCUUCGGCCGCUUUUCACACCAUGUUCCGCUCCAAACCUCACCCUCAGCCAACUCGUCCAACGGCGAAUCUGCAUCCGAACGCGAACUUGCCUCCGAGGCCUCAAAUGCAGUCACAGCCAAACAGAAGUCAAGUCCAGAAUAUGCAUCCUCCUCCUCCUCCGAAGGCCGAUGCACGAACUGGUAAUCCUUCUCAAGUUGAUGGGCACAGUCAUAAUCGUCAGCACCCACAGCAACGUGUUCAGUCACAACCUCAUCUGAAUACUCAGUCUCAGCCUCAGCAGCAGAAUAAUUCUCAACGCCCGCCACAACAACAUAAAAUGGGCAUCAAUCAUAUGGAGCUGUUGUACAAUCGCACGGAUAAGUGUUGGACUUGUCGGAUAUGUUUGGCUGGAAGGCAGAAAGAAUUGACCUCACCUUCUGAUUCGUCAUCAACGCCCAAGCCAGUUGUCAAGUUCAGCAUAGAUGCGCCUUGGGCAGAGUUGGUUGGACAUUGUUACAAUGAACACCCGGUUGAAUCUCAAAAGUUAGAAAGGCUGACGCCUGCACAGGUUGCGGAAAUGAAGCAAAGAAUGCAUCUUCCACAGUCUAACCCGGGUCCCAGCCACAAAGGAAAUGGGGCGCGUUGA